UUGGAUCUGAAUAUCUGAUGGGCUUCAUCAUCCUCAUACUACGAUACAGUCACGAUUACUAUACAUCUCCAACCCCCUUUUAAUCUCCUCUCCCAUACCACCCACACACAAACACACACAUAACUCUGUGUUUUGUGUGCGUGUCUGUGCCAUCCAGAUUAAAAAAAAAAAGAUUCACUCUUAAACCUUAUCAUUCUGAUAUAUAUAAACCCUGAAUCCUCUUUUGAUUUCUGAAAAAGGAGAUAAUGGGGGAGCAAGUACAAAAGCCGGAGGAGGAGAAGAAACCAGAGGUGGAAGAGAAGAAGAAGGAGGAGGAAGUGCCGAAACCUGCCGACGAUGAGAAGAAACCGGAGGAAUCAAAGGAGGCACCACCACCACCACCACCUCCGCCUCAGGAGAUUGUUUUGAGAGUUUUCAUGCAUUGUGAAGGCUGUGCCAGAAAAGUCCGGCGGUGCCUCAGAGGCUUUGAUGGAGUGGAAGAUGUUAUGACGGAUUGUAAGACGCAUAAGGUAGUAGUGAAGGGAGAAAAGGCAGAUCCGUUGAAGGUUGUUGAGAGGGUCCAGAAAAAGAGUCACCGGCAGGUUGAACUUCUUUCUCCGAUACCAAAACCGCCGGCGGAGGAGCCUGAAGCCCCCAAAGAGAAAGAGGCUCCAAAGCCAGAAGAGAAGAAAGAAGAGCCUCCUCAGGUGAUUACUGUGGUUCUGCAAGUAAACAUGCAUUGUGAAGCUUGUGCUCAAGAGAUCAGAAAACGUAUUCUCAGGAUGAAAGGGGUGGAAAGUGCAGAGCCAGAUCUAAAGCAGUCGCAAGUAUCGGUGAAAGGCACGUUUGAGGCAGCGCAGCUGGUGGAUUACGUUCACAAAAGAACCGGGAAACGUGCCGUGAUUCUGAAACAAGAUCCCGAACCCAAAAAGGAAGACGACGCCGCCGCCGACAAGGCUAAAGAAGAGAAGAAGGAAGACGAAAAGAAAGAAGAAGGCAAAGCUGAAGAGGGUGGUGAUGGAAAAGAGAAGGAGAAAGACAAGGAAGGGGAGGAGAAGAAGAAGGAAGGUGGAGGUGGCGGUGGCGGUGGCGGUGAAGAAGCCGGUGGAGGUGGCGGCGAGGAAGGCGGUGAAGGUGGAGGUGGAGGUGGUGGUGGUGAUGAUACGAAGGUGGUGGAGGUAAGAAAGAAUGAAUUCUACUAUUACCAUCCACAGAAUUACGCAGUAUACCCUCCAAGAUACACCGCAGAAUCAGGGUAUGGGUACCCACCAGCACCACAACUGUUCAGUGACGAGAACCCCAAUGCAUGCCAUGUAAUGUAAGAAGAUUGAUUCGUAUGGAGGGUGAUGAGAAGCAAGGGUAAAAUGGGAAAAGGAAAAGAAAGCAAGGAACAGCGGCAGCACAUGGCUAAGAUUGUCGUGGCGUUCAUGUGGCCCUGUCCAUCUCUGGCGGGCCGUAGUCUGCUAAGUAUAAAAGUGUCUGAAGAAAAAGUUGUAAAAUUUUGUGAGGCCUUUUGUACUUUUUUUUUUAAUUUUAUUUUUAUUUUGGAACUUAGUUUUAACCAUAGUGAUCAUGGUCAUGGUGGUUACAAAAACUAUAUAAGUAAAAUAAUAA